CCGGGCGCCCGGCGCCCUGCCAUGCCCAGCCCGCCAUGGGGCCGCCGGGGCUGUGGGUGCUGCUGCCGCUGCUGCUGCUGGGGGCCCCCGCGCGCCCCGACGGCCCCGGCUCCCUCUGCGACCCCCGAGUGCUGGAGCGGUUCAUCCGGGAGGCCCAGGACACCGAGCGCGGGCUGGCCGGGUGCGGCAGCGCCUGCGACCUGCCGGAGCCGGUGCCGGUGCCGGACCCCGGGGUGAACUUCAACGACUGGCGGCAGCUGGACGCCUCCCGGCGGGGCUGGCAGGUGGCCGGCGGACAGGCGGUGCUGGUGGCGGCGGUGCUGCGGGCCCGCGAGCUGCUGCCGGCGCCCGGCCUGCGCCCGGCCCUCGACCGCACGUACAGCGCCGUGCGCAGCCUGGCCCAUCUGCUGCGGCGGCUGCGGCCCCAGGUGACGGGGCCGGGGGGGUCUGGGGGGGUCUGGGGGGACCUGGGGGCUCGAGGGGGUCUGGGGGGAGCCCCCGGGGCCGGGCCCCCCCCCGCGGUGCCGGUGCGCUCGCUGCCCCGGCUGCUCCGCGCCCACGCCAGCUUCCUGCGCGGCAAAGUCCGCCUGUUCCUCGCCGACGCCUGUCCCCGGUGACGCCCCUCACUCCUCCAAGGCGCCCGUCGGUCGUCGCGGUGUCCAUCAGUCAUCCACGGUGCUUCUCAGUCGCCCACGGCGACUGUCAGUCGUCCACAGCGUCCGUCAGUCGCCCGCGGUGCCUGCCAGUUGUACACAGUGCCCGUCAGUCGUAUGCGGCACCCGUCAGCCACCCCUGACGCCUGUCAGUCAUCUCAACGCCUGUCAACCAUCCAUGACGCAUGUCAGUCUUCAGCGACGCCACUGCAUCACAUGACACCUGUCAAUCACCCCGCGACAGGCGUCCGUCACCCGGCUGCACAGGCAGCUGUCAGUCGCCGCCCCGUCUCCAGGCCCCCCCGCGAGGAUGUCGCCCGCGGGUGAUUGACAGCUGUCAGUCAGAGCACUCCAGGGCGCGGGGGACGGAGCGGCUGUGGGCACGUCGGCGGGUGAUUGACAGCUGUCAAUCAACCCCCGGCAGCAUGCGUGGGACGAGGCCGGUCCUCCGGACUGCGGACGCGUCGGCGGGUGAUUGACAGCUGUCAGUCACCCGGGGCCGGGACCGCUCGCUCCUUUGGACUAUGGACACGUCGGCGGGCGAUUGACAGCUGUCAAUCACCCUGCCCCCAGCAACCGGAGGCGGGCCUUCUCCGUGACUGACAGCUGUCCGUCAGGCGCGGUGGGGGGUGACUGACAGCCGUCCGUCAGCCGGCAACACGGAAUAUUUAUCGGA